GUUGCUGUUCUGAUGUCCAUAGAUUAAACUUUUUAUAUUUGAUCUUUAUUUCUUGAUAGAAAUUUUCUAAGAAGACCUAGAGAAGGAAGUUUUUGUUACCAGCAUUCGUAGCAGCUAAUGGCUGACUGUCAAAUUUUGUUAAUUCAUUUUAGAUUUGUUCUGCUUUAAAUUGAAACCGAUUGUUAUUCUGCAAUCAAAAGACAGUUCCUGUAAGACUCUUCUCCAAACGCCGGCUGCCACAGCCUCUCAUCUAAAGACACACAGUAUUUGACGAGGACAUCCAUGAAGAUGUGGUAUCUCUUCUUCCUAGCUGCCUUCUUGCCCAUUGUUCCCACAGUGGCUGAAGUUGUUGAGUCGGUGUCCGACUGUGACCAGUUUCUCCUUGAAGCAAAGCCACCACAUGUCCCACGCAUCUUGGAGAGCGGGAACAUUCUGAACCAGAACCGAUACAAAUUCAUUUGCCAGACUUUGGAAGAUGAGAAAAUGUUUUUGACGCUGUAUGACACCAAGAACAGGAUUCCAGUGUAUUCUGCUUUAAAGUACAGGGGGUCAAAAGACACGGGACGACAAAAGACCCCUUGGAAGAUAGAGCCACAGCUUGAGAACAAAAAUGACAAGAACAAGAACAUGUUGGAUGUAGACAGAGACAGGACCUACAACAACCAGGCUGGGUACAAGGAUUACAAAGACCGAAGCUUUACCAGGGGCCAUUUAAUUGCAAACUCUUAUGGGUUCAGCAAAUCUGUCAAAAUGUCCACCUUUACUCUAACCAACAUCGUUCCACAGGAAGAAACAUUCAACGGCGGAAGCUGGAACAGAAUGGAGCAGUGCAUCAAAUGUGUUAUGGACAAAUACUGCACCAACAAGGAGGGUGUGACUGAAGCCUAUGUGGUAACUGGAGCUCAACCCAGCACCACAAACAUCCUUAAUAACAGGGUUAAUAUUCCCUCCAAGCUCUGGUCAGCAUUCUGCUGCUUCUCCAAAAAGAAGAAAUGGAUCGCAGGCGCGUACUGGGGUGACAAUGUUCCUGAUGAACCUAAACACAAAUAUCUGCACACUAUCACUCUGGAAAAACUCCAGGAAGAACUGAAGAUAGUAGCCUUUCCUGAAACGCAAUGUCCUCUCCAAACAACCAUUAGUAAGUUUUACAAAAACCAAGCAAAAGACUGCCAAUGCCAAAGAACCACCACUUCUUCCCCUCCCACUUAAAUUCUGCCCCUUUCUCACCCACAUCUGUAUGCACAUCUACAUCCAACGCAUUCUCAUCUCAGUGCAUCAUAACUGAUGCUUUCAGACAGCAUGACAUUGCAUGAGUAUUAUACGCUAAAGGUACCCUUCAGCGUCCUUAUGAAACGCCACCGCUACAUUGCAGCACCAUAACCCUACCUGCUAGCUGUAGGGUUAGCCAUUGUGGUAAGGGUAAGGUUGUGGUAAGGGUAGGGGGCUUCAGAGGACUGUAAACACCUUUAAAGCAAACGUAGCUAGCAAGCAAGUACUUCCGGUCUGUGCGGGUGACUGAAAGAGUACCUUUAGCGUCAAAUGACCAUGUUUUGUCACUUUUUCUGAAAGCUUUGGUAUUGGACACCCUGAGAAGAGAAUGGGCUGCUACAUCCGUACUCACAUUCUACCUGUUUGAGCAAACUGGUGAAAAAUUGAGACACCCAAAGCCUUCAAUGUGUGAUUAUUCAAUUGUGUGUAAUAUUAGAUAAAACUUUCAAAAUUGAUCAGCAGCUUUAAGAUCAAAAGAUGAGUAUGAGACAAGAGUUCAGGAUUUCAGCUUUUAUUUCCUGAUAUUAACAUCUAGAUGUGUUAAACAACAACAAGACAUAUUACCCUUUGUUUGAACCCACCACGUAUGUGCUAAACAUUUAACCUUAGAUGUUACAUGAAUCUGGUCCCUGGAGCACAGGUUUUUAUCAGCUGGUAAUUUUUAAUGCACAUAUAAGAGUGCAAGUUGCAACUACUAUUAACAAUAAUGGAUACUACUACUACUACUAGGAUUAACAACAAACAUUUGUGCAGAUCUCUCAACAACACACAUUUAGCACAGAAUAUUAUUAACUUAACAGUGAGCAUACAAAAAAUGGUCCACAACUUCUCAAGUACACUUAUCUUCCAAAACCAUUGUCAAACUUAGGUUAUGCACUGUAUCUGCUUAAAUACGUGACAAAGCAUCUCUCUCUCUCUCUCUCUCUCUCACAUACACACACACACACACACACACAUAGAGUGCCUAAGUUAUCUCUUCUGCUGUAUUCAUUGAUCCGUGAUUGUGCUACUUUCACUUACCAGGCAACAUUAAAAUAGCCUUAGCAUCAUUUUCUGUAGUUUCUGUAACGUUAAUGCUUGUGUCAUCUGUUGCAGCUGCAGCCCAGAGCAACAGGAGUUUCAGAAACAACAAAAGAGUGUAGUUUCAGUUGGCUUACGUUACAUUACUUACUACAUUAUAUGAUCUGAAAGACUUUUACAUCCCUAUUGGUCUCCAGAUAAUUGCUGAACCAUCCACAGAAUGCCAAACUGUGCAGUGUAAAUCAGUGUAAUAUCCAUCUAGCUUAAGGCCAUCAAUCAUUAAUUAAUAUCUUUUGAAUAAAAUAUAUUAAGAUUC